GGCAUCAAGCGUUGUGUGAGUGAAUUGUGGCUUCUCUCUGCUUCAGUUUUCAUCACAAAUAUAACAGAAAACUACUUGUUUAACCUCAGCCAGACUUUUAUAACGCCUUGUUAGUGUAGCUAGACUGUUUGAAAUCGGGUUCUGUGUGUUGGGAGCUAGACCAUCUUUCGAUUAUUCAAAAGCCGAGGGAGGAGUGUCCCUCGGCCCGGGGAAGCGAGCGCGGUGUAGAGCAACCGUAGAGAAGGAAUUCGUCUACCGACUCUUCGUGUUGUUCUAACCUCAAGAAAGAAUUUCUGCAGGUGGAAGUGUGAAACUAUCAACAGAACGGAAUCUUCUCUACAAGAAUUCAUCUUCACCUGCCCAGUUGUAGAACUCGGAGAUUGUACUUAAGGUCUCGAAGCUGAGUGGACUUGGACCCAUGUUGCAGGGAAGCAAAGCUGUAAAGGGGCGAUGGUGAUGGUAUUGACGGCGCUCUAACAGUGACUAUGGAAACAGAGGGAUGGGCAUGCGCGUGGACCAAGUGGUCAAGUGGUGUCGCCAGACAGUGACCUUUCUCCUCACGCUUGCCUCCUCUCAUGUGUGUCUAUUGCUACUUGCCACCCCAGGGCUUUGCCACCAAGAUGCGGUUCACAUCACCGCCAUCUUGGGUGAGUCAGUCGUGUUCAACUGCCACGUGGAGUUCCCCGGCGACCACCCGGUGCCCUAUGUGCUGCAGUGGGAGAAGAAGGGUUUGGAGAUUCCAGUCUACAUCUGGUAUGACAGUUACCCUACACAUAGUGGUGAGGGGUAUGAGGGACGUGUGUCCAGAGUUUCACCAGACUCCCCAUAUGGUCUCGCUUCCCUCAACCUGACCAACAUCCGUGAGUCGGACCAGGGAUGGUACGAAUGUAAAGUGGUGUUCCUCAAUAGGAACCCCGGCUCCAAGAAUGGUACCUGGUUUCAUUUGGAUGUUCAUGCACCCCCACGCUUUAGUGUUACACCUGAAGACGUAAUCUAUGUGAAUUUGGGUGAUGCGAUAAUUCUAAAUUGCCAAGCUGAAGGCACACCAACACCUGAGAUCUUGUGGUAUAAAGAUGCGAACCCAGUGGAGCCCUCAGCUACAAUUGGCAUUUUCAAUGAUGGCACAGAGCUCCGCAUCUCUAAUAUCCGGCAUGAGGAUAUUGGCGAUUACACAUGUAUUGCCAGAAAUGGUGAAGGGCAGAUCAGCCAUACCGCCCGGGUGAUCAUUGCUGGUGGAGCUGUCAUCAUGGUCCCACCAACCAACCAGUCAAAGCUUGAGGGGGAGAAGGUUCAGUUCUCAUGUGAAGCCAAGGCACUGCCUGGCAAUGUCACUGUUAAAUGGUACCGUGAAGGGGUUCCUGUGAAGGAGGUAGCAGCACUUGAGACUCGUGUCACAAUCCGUCGUGAUGGCACCCUCAUUGUAAACCCUGUGAGUGCAGAUGAUUCAGGGCAGUACCUCUGUGAGGUCACCAACGGCAUCGGCGAGCCCCAGUCUGCUGCUGCUUACCUUAAUGUUGAGUACCCAGCGAAGGUGACCUUCACCCCCUCAGUGCAGUUCCUUCCUUUCCGUCUGGCUGGUGUAGUGCAGUGUUAUAUCAAAGCGAACCCUCCAUUACAGUAUGUCACAUGGACCAAAGACAAGCGCCUGCUUGAGCCAUACCAGACCAAAGAGAUUGUAAUAAUGAACAAUGGGUCUCUACUCUUUACUCGAGUAAACCAAAACCAUGAGGGCCGGUACACAUGUACACCAUACAAUGCACAAGGAACUCAGGGUUCAUCUGGCCCAAUGGAAGUGCUAGUCCGUAAACCACCAGUGUUCACUAUUGAGCCGGAUAGUCUCUAUCAGCGUAAAGUGGGAGAGACAGUAGAAAUGCAUUGUGAUGCUCAAGAGACUGAAGGUACUCAAAAACCAACCAUCCAGUGGCAGCGGAGGGAUGGCUCUCCUCUUCAACGAAACCGAGUCCGUGUGAGUGGUGGUAACAUAACAAUUGAAGGCCUUCGAAGAACAGACUUUGGAUUUUACCAAUGUGUGGCAUCCAAUGAGGUGGCAACAAUUGUCACUGCAACACAGCUUGUUGUGGAGGGCACACAGCCCCAUGCACCAUAUAAUGUCUCUGCAAAUGCUAGUGAAACAGCUGUCACACUUCGAUGGUUGCCUGGAUAUAGUGGUGGACCUGAUUACAAGCAGGACUACACCAUCUGGUACAGGGAAGCUGGAGUGUCAGAUUGGUCCACUAUUCCAGUAACACCCCCUGGAAGCACACAGGUUACAAUAAACAGGCUCUCAUCAAGCACCACUUAUGAGUUCCAGGUAGUUGGAAAGAAUGCUCUUGGUGAUGGUAUGCUCAGCAAGGUUAUCACAGUCCGAACACUUGGUAUAUCUUCCCCGCCUCGGGUUGGCACACCAGAAUUCCCAUCUGCAACAGUGGACUAUGACAUAUUUGAUUAUAGUCUUGUUAUCUUUCCAACUGAUUCCACAGGAGGCACUCUUUAUCCACCGAUCCUGCGCCCUAAAGGGCCUAAACCUGGACCACCUCGCAAUCUCACAGUCACUGAGAUCAAUAAUGGGUUUCUGAUCACAUGGCAAGCCCCACUGGAACGAGCCCAUCUUGUACAGUACUACACCAUUAAGUACAAGACAGAUUCCGGUUGGAAGACCUUAAACAAAGCCUCAAUACGACCUGAAGAAACAUCCUAUCUUGUGAAGAAUCUGGUUGGUGGACGAACCUACUACUUCCGUGUGCUGGCCAAUUCUCUGAAAAGUUAUGAAAGCAGUGAAGAGGUGAAGUAUCCAGUACCUGCAAGAGUCAAACAUAAGGCCAUAACUGCAGGUGUUGUAGGUGGUAUACUCUUCUUCAUUGUUGCUAUUAUUCUCUCAGUUUGUGCUGUUAAGAUAUGCAACAAGAGGAAACGUCGGAAACAAGAGAAAGCAUAUAAUAUGGUCGCCUGUCGAGUAACUGAUGCAAGAAAUGGUGGCCAACCGCCAGGGGCCAGCCAAGUGCCUUUGAAAAAACUUAGACAGAGCCGAAUACCAAGUCUGACGCUCCUAGGUGAUGCAUUAAAGAGGACUCAUGCUCAGUUGACAAAUUGGCUGACAUCGCAACAGUGUGGUGAAAGUGAAGGAUCCUACAUAAGCAGCAGCAGUGACAUGGCAAGGCAUUGGCGUCCAGAAUACAUUGGACAUGGGAAGGGUCUGAGCCGAAUUUCCCGCACUGCUGAUGGCCGAUUUGUACUUGCUGAUUCAUCACAUUCCUCUGUUGCAAACAGUGUUAGCAGUAGCAGUGAUGAUGGUGGAUUCCUUCCCCGUCGAGGCAGGAGAAGGGCUUCAUGGAGGCGGCCACUUGUGGGAUACCCCAGCCAACUGAGUCUGCGAUCAGAUGGUUCUGGGGAAAGUGGCAUCGGUGGUGAUCUCGCUGCAAUCCUUGAUGCACUUGGAGGCCAGUCAUCCCCACCUUACUAUCAACACCAACCUCCUCUAGUCCCAGCCAUAUACUCACCACCUGCUCCUGUACCCAGGUUCCGAGCCAGCUCUCCUGCUACCCCUGGCUCUCUGCUCACUACUGCCUGGUCUCCCAGCUACAACUUCAGUGAUCUGAGUUCGGUGCCUCAGCUCAGUUCUGUGGAACGCUCACUGCCUACUGGAAGCACCUUCACUACAGGCACACCUCCCAGCUAUCUGCAGCUGCGCUCAGUCCAUGAGCGCUACAGCCAAGAACUACCCUCACUGCGAGCCAUCCAUGAGGAGUCAAGCCGCUGGCAUCGACAGCACCAACAGCAGCAGCAGCAACAGCAGCAGCAGAGGACAGUGACUAUUGAUGCACCUCAUCUUAUCACCUCACCCUUGUUUCUACCCGUACAUCCUCUGGCCACUAGCUCACCUCCCAGAGUUCGCAUCCCACCACCACGUCCAGCACUGCCGUGGGCUGAAGACUUGGUCCCGCAUCCCCCUGGUCAUGGAACUGGCACUAUAGUGACUGCUCGACCCCGUGCCAGACUGCCACCACGUCACGCUCGCCAUGCCCGUAGUGCACCUGAGCUUGCUGAUGCAGAGCACCAUGAUGGUCUCCUCAUGGAAACUUCACCCUCUAGUUCCAGUGGUUUUGGAAGCAAAAACACAUCACAGCAGAACCAAAGUUCUCAGUCUGGAAGCACCAGUGCUGAGUGGAGAUUGCCCCCUUAUAGGCCACCUCCCCCACCACCCCCUCUGCCCCCAAUGCAACAGAUCCUUCAUCCAUCUCACCCCCCAGCUCCACCACCCCUUAUUGGCCAUUGGCUCGAAUUCACUGCCAGCCUGCAAGAUACAUCACCUCCACAUUCAGAACCUGGACAUCUCCGCAGCACCAAACCUCUAGAUACAAGUGUAGAUGGUCAUUAUGAAUUUGAUACCAUAUUUUCUGGAACACCUACACCAUCAACACCUACAGGAGUUCACAGUGCCCUGCCCCGACAGCGGUUGGGUAGUGGAGGAGAAGACAGAGGUAUCAGUGACUCUGAAAUCUAUUCUGCGUCCUUCUACCCAACACGACCCAAAAGGCCUUCCAAAUAUGAUAACAUUGAAGCACGUGUACAAGCGAUGAAAGAAGAGUUUCACGAGUUCAGGAAAAGACAGGCGAAGAGAAGACGAAGUGAAGAGCUUGAAAGUGCAUGUUGAGUUCCUUCUUGUAGUUUAUUUGAACCCAUCAGUCUAAGCAGAGCAAACAUGUUCCUUCUUCAGUUUUGUAAAUAUAUCAGAAUUUUGGAGAGUUCAGCAUGAAUGCAGCUUUACUUUCAGAAGGAAGGAUGGGAGAAUACUUGCUCUGACUUCUGAUCAUUUUGCACCGUCCUGGCUUACUUGAAUGAUUUCUAUUAACCUGCAUAUUGACAUCACGUGAUCCUUUACUUUAUGUGAUUAUGUCCAAGCACAGCAAUAUAUACUGAGGCCUGUACAUCUAACUCAUCAGCAAAGAAAAUGUGUUCACCAUUAUAUCCCUGUUCUCCAAUAAGUGUUCCUACUUUUCCAUUUUAACCUGGCAAUUUCUUUGCAUUGCUUAAUUUGUGUGACUUAAGAUACUGGGAACUUACAUAUGAAUUUCAUAUACAAAUUUUUCUGUGCCUCACUACAUGUAUGCCAUUUAUGUAUCCAUAAAUAUCUUCAUGUACUUGACAGUUUGCUUUUUAUCAUUUAACCCCAUGGGAUAGUAAUUAAAAGUUUUUUAUACAUAUUCUUCAUACAGAAUUAAUUAAACCAUUUCAAAACGAAGGUCUGAAACUUCUCUGUAGCUGUUGUAAAACUGCUGUCAAAUCUUUCAGCUUUCAUCCAAUGACACUCUGAAUGUUAAGAGCUACUGGCUUUUCAAUAGCUAAUGACCUAAUAGGGGAGAUGUCAUGCAGCCAUCAGAGUGUGCUCUUGGACUAAUUGCAGCCAGUACAGGCUGUAUGAAAAUUUUGUAGCUAUUGAUGUUAUAUUUUAAGGGUGAAAAACCAGCCACUUGCUUAUAGGUCAGAUUGGAUUGCAGUAGACCUAGAUAAGCAUCUGCUUCAUCAGGUCAGUGAGUUCAUUGACAGAGAGGGAGUUCAAAAUAUAUAGAAACAGGAGCUUUGUUGAUUAAAAUUUUAUGUUACAAUUUUGCCCUUCUUCUCACUCUCUUUUAUCCAAACUUAAAUUUUCACAUUUUCAAAUCAGUUUAUUUGUGGCUAAUCUAAAUAAAUAACAGUUUAGCUUUCUUAAGAUGAUGAGAAUUUAUGUCAGAGCUUCUUACUGUUCUUGCUGGUCUAAAAUCAUUGCUUUAAAAUAAAAACUUAGCUUCUCCUUUAAAAUGUGAAUAGUUAUUGUGAAAAUAGAAUUGGAUUCAGAAUAGGUAAUUAUAUUUUGUGAUGGUGGUAAGAUUCUGAUGUGUCUUUCACCCCACCCUCUACUUUGAAGGCAGAGGGCUCCAGAUGAGUUAUCUCAUAUUUGUAGCAAUUCCUAACCAGCACAUCUUGAAUUUAUCACUUCAUAAGGAGCCAUCUAGUUUUCCAGAGCUUCAGUUUCCACAGUUGGCCAACAUAACCUCUUCAGAUGAAACAGUAUCAAUUAGUAGGUAAUCUAAAUACCUACCAGUAUGCCAGUUACUCUUGAUUUUGCUACAAAUGAAACCCUGCUUAAAUAAUUUGCUUUUAGUCAUAAUCGGAUUCCUGACAUGAGUGGUGUGAGGACCUUAUGCUAAAACAGAAAGUAGAGUUACUGUGGAUUUUUAUUUUAACAAGUGAAAUUGUUACCAUCUUAUUAUUUUUAUACAUAAUUUUAAAUCGGGUCCAUAUAGAAGUAGUUUCAUAAAUAUUCUUAAAUAUGUAAUUUUGAAAUAAUGUGCAAUUUGAAGUCAUAUAAUUCAAACUUGAAAUUCAAGUUCUGAAAAUGAUUCUGUUAUUACUAGUUUUUGCAUAUCUUACAGAAUAUAGUACUUUACAGAUUAACAUGAAAUUAAAAAAUUAUGAUCUUCAAAGUUUUGUUCAAACUAAAGUAGACCGUAUGAAUCUCUCAUAAAAAAUUAUUUGUGGACAAAUGUGAUGAGGUUGCAAUGGAAGAAAGCUGUUGAAUUUAUAUGGACAGGAUUUAGGAAGGUCCCAGUUUCUGCCACAAAUUAAACACUGUCUUUAUGUUUCACAUAAAUAUUGUAUCAUCAUAGAUCUAUAACAGAUAAGCCACAUGUUUUCCUUCCAUUUUUCUUUGCUUAUACAGUAGUGCUGAUGUUAACAAUGUGUGGAGCUACACCUCUUCACCAAAAGCCUUCAAGGCAUGGACAACUUUACCCUUACCUUUUCCCCUUGCUAAUGGUGAGCAUUAUUUAAAGUAAAAUAAUUGGGAUACAACUUGGUUGCUGGUACCUUUAGAUUGCAUUCAGUUGAAAUGAACUACAAAAUUGUCUUUGUUUUGGCACACAGUUGUCUGCCCCCUGAUUAAAGGAAUCACUAGGCCUAUCCAGUAGCAUCAGCAGCACUGUUUAAUUAGAUAUGUAGAAUAAUCCGGGGGGCAAACACAUGGAAUUCAAUGAAUUACUAAGUUCUUAAUUUUGUUAGUGCUUGGAUUAAUUUAAAAUAAGGGAAUGUGUGCUCAAGUACAUUAAAACUGAACAAUACUCAAAAUCAAAUAAUGUGAGUGAUUAUAUGAAACUGGUGAUUAUUAUUAUAAGUGUUAUGAGUAUGAAGUAAAUUAAAAUAAUCAAAUAUAAUCAAACUUCAGACAAACAUACUGGUAUAGUAGAUUUAUUAACUGCUGUGCAUCUUUAAAAUGAACAGUUUCUGUAGAGAAAGUUGUGUGUGUGAAUCCAUAUUGCUAUCUGUGAAAGUGAUUAUUUAAAAUAUGAAUGAAGAUAUUAUCCUCUAAUUAAAUACGAACUCCAAAGAAGACAAUUACUGAAGCAAAGAAAAAGGAAUAGUAAAAAAUAAUAUAUGCAUUUAUUCACACACUCCAUAACAAGGAAUUUAAGAUUAUAUAUAUAUAUAUAUAUAUACAUUAUAUUGUUCUGUUUCUGCUGUUGUGUUUAGAAGUGGGCAGAGCUCAGUUCUAAAAUGAGAGAAACAUUUGAAAUGCAGAAACAGUUUUAUUAUUGAAUCAUUUGAGAAGAUGGUUUUCUGGAGAUAACUCAACAUGAAGUAAUGCAAAGUUGUUGAUGUUAUUUCUCAUAAUAAUUCUAACGCUUUACCGUUUUCUAUUUCUUUAUCCAUAAAGAAAUGAAAAAACGGAAACAUUUUCCACACAGGCUGUUGCAAUAGAUAUUUAUUAUUAGUGCUAUUGCAAAACAAAAGCAAAAACAAAAAAAAGUUCUCUGCAUUUGUUCUGUGACAUAAAUUUUUUCUGGUUUAUUAAUUGUUAAUUUAGUUAAGUUUCCAAAGUACAAAGAGAGAGAAAGAACUCGAAUUUUGUUGAUAUUAUUAUAUUAUUUUGUAUAUAAUUUAAUAUCAUUAGUAUGCCAUGCAUAUUGCUGAUGAUUUAUUUGUAGCAAAGAUUUUUUAGUUUUACCAUUGUAUGUCUGCAGUUCUACACAUUUCAUCAAAUGGCACUCAUUAGUGAAAUUUCUCAAAACAGAAAAAUAAAUUAAUAAAUAUUAUUGCACAGUGAGAUGUUAGAGAGGAGUUGUUGCAUGGUUGGCAAUACUGCUGCCUGUUUGUGAGUAUGCUGGAAUGUGUCCUAGUCUCAAUAUAACUACAUAUAUUCAUGUCCCAUUAAUUUUAUUGGUGUUCUUCCUUCACAGUUCCCUCUAAACCUUGCAAAGAAAUCUUGCUUGUAAUUUUAUUUUACCUAUGCAAGUGGUAACAUCUUUCAGGGUAUACUAUAGUGUCAUGUCACAUUUCAGCAAAGAGUACCUAUGAUUGAUUAGGCAUUUUAUAGUGAGUAUUUUCCAGAGAGAUGGAGGCCAUUUGACAAAAUAUUUUUGUAGAUUUAGUUGAAAUUUAUCCCCUCACAACUGCAAAAAAGUUGUUAAGCCAAUUUUGUUUAAGCUCAUGAUCGUCUAUUAUAAUUUCUGUGGUUUAAAAAGGCUUACAUUGUGUUCUGUUAAAUGAACAGCUAAUGGAAGAAUGAUUUAAACAAAUGCUACAGAUUUUAUUCAUAUUAAUGCUGAGAAUAAUUUUAGCAUUAUUAUUAUUAUUAUUAUUGUCCACUGUGCUGUUAAGUUUGCACGUAAAUAAACAUGAAUUGAAUUAUUAUUAUUAUUACUAAAAAUAAUAUGCUUCUCUUUCAUUUGCACAGAGACAGUGUCUCCAAAACGAAAAUAGAUUGGGCCUCAUAGCAUGAAGUCAGCAUCCAAAAUAUGAAAACAUAAGUAUCAACAGAUCUCUGUGAAAGCAGUUAGAAUUGUCACAGAAAUAUGAUAAUUAGGAAGUUUUCUUGCCAUUGUACUCAUUAUGGGCAUAACAUCAGUAGUCUUACUGUUGGCUGUUUCGCCCACUAUUUGCCAUUGACUCCUCUAGAAGCUUUAACUUGUAUUUCACUUGUAUACCCAUGUUAAAGGCUUUAUUGUUUACUAACUCUGUUUCAUGAAACACUGAAUAAUGUAGCUAUUACUUAUGAACUGAGAAGUGUUCAUGUCCUGUUUUUUAAGACACUGUCCCGUCAUCAUCUUGGAGGAAUUGAGGAAAUCCAUGAAGAAACUCAUUCACAUAGACUGUGGACCAAAAUUUGAACCCAAGGUUCUCUGGCUAUAAAGCUGGAGACUACCCAUUACACUGUGGUGUUUGUGUCUGACAAAUGAUACUUGUUUCUUGAGCUUCAGGCAGUUUGCUGCCAAUGGAAUUCAUACCUUUACUUUUUAUCAUCCUAUUAGGUAUAGAUGCCAAGAAAUAUGUUACCAUCUGAAGUGAACUUAAUAAUUUACAUUAGAUCAAUAUUUAUAGUUGUUACUCUUUUGAUGUCACAGAAGAGAGAGAGAGAGACAUGAAUUAUGAAUAUUAAUAUAGAAGGAAUUGUGAAAAGGAACCAAUUUACACAAAAUCUGUUCUUUGAAUUGUUACAUAAAAUAAAUGAACCUCAUCAAGUCUUAAAUAGUAUACAGGCAUAUUUAGUACAUUACUUACACUUUUGCAACUUCUUUUGUGGCACAAUUUAAAUAAAGUCUUCCAACAGAUAUUUUUUUUUCAAUAUGAUUAAACCUGUUGCCUUAUGUAACAUUUCGCAAAUUAUACUGCAUUCCCAUUUCCUUUAAUGGGAAUUCAGGUAUGGAUUUAAAAUUCAGCUGUAGUAAGUUUUUAUAUGAAAGCUUCAGCUGGGGAGUGGGCAUGUUGUUAGUCACAGUCCAACAAAACUCUCUCCUUUGUCUUUCAUAUAAACAGAAAUUGACUUCAGUGCAUAUAUUCCCUUUCCAAUGACAGUGACAGCCAGUUUUGGUUCACUAGAAUGUUGUUAAUUUAUAGAAAAAUAUUACACUAUUAUUGCUCUAAUAUUUGAUUUCAUUGUAUUAUUUUCCCAAGUAGAAGUCAUGCAGAUGCAUCUUUCAUUCUGCUCUAUGUUGACAGUAUCAAAUUUAGUGUACUUUAUGUUUCGUUUCUAGCAGCUAGUCCAAGGAGCCAGCCAGCCUACCUAGAUAUUGUUACUAUACUUAAGUUUGAGAGAAUAGGCAAAGAACUGAAUUUCUGUCCAAGGUAUGCACGUCUGAAAUUUAAGAACUGUAGGAGUGACUUAUAUUUUGCAAGAAGACGAGUGAGGUGUUUUAGUGAUUUCCCAUCUCAGUCUGUUUUUGAGACCUUUGAAUCCACAGAAUUAUUACACCUUCAUGAGGUUAUGCAUGUGGAUACUUUUCAUUUAUAUAGAAAAGGUUACUCAGGUGUGGGUUGUAAAUGAUUGAAUGUGUGGGAGUCUGUUCCUUCCCAGUCCUUUGCUGAUGGACUGGAAGCACAGAUUCCACACACACACAUACACACAAGUUAUUUCUUGCUGGAUUUGAAGUUCUUCUUUCUUCAGGGACAUGAUGUCGAUAAGAGUCUGGUAGAAAUUUACCAGUGUAUUGAGCACAGCCUCCAUUUUUAGGGUAAAAAAAUAAAGCCAAGCAGCCAGCAAUCAGCAGGGUACUCUGCUUGUUGCUUUCUUGGCUUAUUCUUUGACCCAGAAGGUGAAGUAAUACAUUACUCCAAAUCGUUAGUAAGCUUCUACUAUACUACAUAGUGUCACUCCACAGAAGAAAGUAUUCUGCAUUAUUUAUUGUUAAGAUAGCUCUGGAAUUUGAGCCAGCACAUGAAAGGAACAUUAUUUGUAUACUGUUCAGUCUGUGAAAGCAUUAAAUUCUUAUAACUUCCAUAGAUCCACUUGGACACAGGCAGAAAACAGAAAUAUUUUUCAGCAGUGAGACCUUGAAGAAAUAUUUUAAUGCCGUUUCUUAUCAUUUUGGCUUGAACACAAUUGAACAAGUUAAUCUGUAAUGACAGUUUACGAAUAGAAUGCUGACAAAAUUAUAACAUUGGUAAAAUUUCAAAAUAUAAAUGUAAACUUGUGUUUUACAUUUGACCAUCUCAAAAAGACACAAGAUAAGUUUGAUAUUAUUAUGUAUGUCAAAGUCGUGUUUCAUUUUAAAGAUACCAUUAGGAGACCUUUCUCUUCAAUUAUGGCCCACUGAUAAAUGUUAUUUAUGCUUGUUAGCUACUAAAUAUUUCUGUAUGCUAUAAUAAAUUAUGAUGUCAUUGCA